CACUUCUACAGCGGGACCAUCCCAGAGGAUUGGAGAGCGAGUCCCAACUCACUGUCAGGUCAUUUAAUUUGCGCUAGCACCUGCCUAAUGGAUCCAACGGUGCCUGCAGAUCGCGGAGAAGGUUGCACUGCGGGGAAGUUGAUGACAUCUCCCUUGUACCUCGCAGGAUUGUGACCCACAACAUGCAAGAUUACAUGACGGUCAAAGCCUUGGAAGCGCACAGCCAGGAUAACUAUAACCAUUCGGUUUAUUUCCGCAAUGCGCGAGCCUCUUUCCUUGACCCCAAAGGACUCCCAUCAUGGCCUGGACGAAAUCCCCUCUCCUGCUCACAAUUGCGCGACUAGCAGCCGCACAGGUCGACUACUCGCAGUAUGUCAAUCCUUUCAUUGGCUCCGAAGGACCUCUUCCGGGCUGGGCAUACGGCGGCGGCGAUAUCUUCGUCGGGGGCGCGGUACCCUUUGGCGUCGUCAAGCUCGGCAUCGACACGUAUGAACCGAAUCUCACUCUCGCGACCAUCAAUGGCGGAUACACGCCCCAAGGAUACGUGACUGGCGUCUCUAUGAUGCAUGAGUCAGGAACCGGAGGAUGCCCGAAGUAUGGCGUUAUCUCGCAGAUGCCGCUUGCGGCCGUCGAAGCGCCUGUCAACAUUUUGGAUAACGCGACAUACUGGCAGAAGAGAGUAGGAAAUGACACAGCGACGGUGGGGUACUUCAAGACGGAUUUGGAGGAUGGGGUGAAGAUUGAAUUGGCGGGAGCGAGGCACGCAGGGAUAAUGCGGUACGAGUUUCCGGGUGAAGAGAAGCAUGUGCUCGUUGAUGUGUCGCAUUUUCUACCGGACCCUUCAGGCGGUUUCUGCACACAGUACUACCUGGACGGGUCCAUCAACAUCACGGAUGACGGCAAGUCGUACACGGGAUAUGGCACGUACGCCGGUGGGUUUAAUCUUGGCGCACCGUACACGGUGUACUUCUGCGGAGAAUUCGAGACGGCGCCGGAUCAGGCACAGGCCUUUAGGGGAUUGAAUUCGUCGCGUGUCAUGAACGGAUCCACACCUCAACCUACGCUGGGCGGGAAGAGUGCAACAGCAGCACCUAACGGCGACCGCGUCGGUGCGCUGUUCAGUUGGACCAACGCCGGCGACUCUGCAGUUCAAUCCAAGGUUGGCAUCUCCCUCAUAUCCAUCGAGAAGGCGUGCGCUUUCAAAGACUCGGAAGUUCCUUCUUGGGAGAUGGACGACACUGUGACCGCCGCAGUGGAAGAAUGGAACACGGAUGUUUUCAGCAAGAUACGUGUGGAUACAAGCGAAUCGGCCAAUCACACGAACCUAGUUCUACUUUACUCGUCGCUUUACUUUAUGCAUCUCAUGCCUUCGAAUCGAACUGGGGAGAAUCCUCUAUGGGAAUCAGAUGAGCCGAGUUGGGAUGACUUUUACUGCAUCUGGGAUACUUUCCGCAAUACGGUCAGUCUCUCGCAUCUCAUCCAACCGGAAGCAUACGAGAGCCAGAUCCGAGCUUUGAUCGAUAUCUGGCGACACCAAGGAUACCUACCUGAUGGCCGUUCCGGUAAUGACAACGGCCUGACGCAAGGCGGGAGCAACGCAGACAAUGUUCUUGCAGAUGCCUACGUUAAAGGGUUGAGGGGCGCAAUCAACUGGGCGGAUGGAUACGCAGCAAUGGUCAAGGACGCUGAAGUAUCCACCAAGGGCAGUAACAAAGAAGGUCGCGGUGCCUUGGAUGACUGGCUUGCCUAUGGAUACAUUACCGAAGCGAGCGAGCGAUCCAUUUCAAGAACUGUCGAAUAUGCUCUGAACGACUUCGCGCUCAGCCAGGUCGCGAGAGGCGAGAAGCCGGAGGAUGUCCAAAAGUACCUCGAACGCUCCGCCGGAUGGCAGCUCCUGUGGGAUCAUACGGUCCCGAGUGUGAACACAACGCCCACUUUCACAGGCUUUUUGACGCCAAAGUCAGCCAAUGGGAUAUUCAACUCGACAGACUACAAUCCAGCGCUAUGCGGCGUUUGCUCAUGGCCUUCGAUCUCGUACGAAGGAACACCAUUUGAAUACUCUUUCGUGAUUCCACACGACGUUCAGACUCUGAUUGAGUUCAUGGGAGGCUCAGAGACUUUUGAAUCUCGUCUGGAUUACAUCUUCAAGCCGAAUACUAGUCAGACCAGCCUGGGACCAAACGGACUGGGCAUUACCACUCUUAUGAACAUUGGAAAUGAGCCCGACUUUGCGACGCCCUAUCUUUACAACUACAUCAACAAGCAAUGGAAGAGCGUAAACCAAUCACGCGCUCUCGCGAGGCAGUUCUUCAAAAACGCCCCCUUCGGCGUCCCUGGAAACUCCGACUCCGGCGCCCUCAACUCCUGGUUGAUCUGGCAAAUGCUGGGUCUCUACCCAGUCGUCACGCAGCCCACCUACCUCAUCUCGUCGCCUUGGUUUUCCGACAUCAACAUGACUAUUAACGGGAACCGCACGCUCCGCAUCACCGCAGAAGGCCUCGGCGAGGAUAGCUAUUUUGUGCAGAGCGUGAAUAUUAAUGGGGAGCAGUGGGAGAAGAACUGGCUCGAGCAUGCGGAUAUUAUGGUUGAGGGCGGGACGAUAGAAUUUGUGUUGGGGAGUGAGCCAGUGGGUUGGGAGAAGGGCGACGUGCCACCGAGUCCGGGGCAUGUGGUGUUGGGAAAUGCGACCGUGGGAAGGUAGGAAGAUUCUGACGCAUAGGUGGGUAAGUAAUCCGCGUCAAAAUGGAGGAGAGUGGUAGAGUAACUUAAAGCGCUCAAAAAGUCUUGAACGAUUUUUUCAGCGGUACUCGGCUGGUCCUGCCCUUC